AAGUGGAAUAACCGAACUGGGUAAAGUACAUUUCAUAAUCACUGGUAACUUUUUCCAACUUCCACCAGCAUCGGAUGGUAUGUAUUUUUUGAACAAGGAAUGGUACAAUAAUAAGUCCUCUGGGUUACUUCGUGAUUCGUGGAAAUCACUCGAUCUUGUUUACGUAAAAUUAACAGAAAUCUUUAGACAGAACGAUCCCGAAUUUAAACAUCAUUGCACCAACUUGCGAUAUGGAUUUUUAAACAAGGAUACGUUUCAGUAUCUAAAAAAAUGUAAUUAUUUAGAGGAUGAUGCG